AUGAGCUGGCAGCAGACUCAAACCAAGGCCGCUGCGGAAGGCCCAGGGCCGCAGGAACCACCGCCACAGACCGCUGCCCAGGUUCGCCAAUCGGUCUGGGAUAAGCUUGAGCAUACCCUUAAAACCCUACCGACGAGACACACCCUGCUGCUCCUAGGGGACUUUAAUACUCCACUUGCCGCACACCCACGCGCAGGCCGGGUUGUCACUAAGUGGAAUAGCCGUCUCCCAGCUGAUGCUCCCCGUCUCACUCGCCUGCUAGAUGAUUAUGACCUCAUGCAGCUCAACUCAUGGUCCCGUCGAGCGGGCCCCACAUACAUUUGUGGUGAACAGCGGAGUCUGAUUGACCAUGCACUGGCCGAGAUCCACUUGUCCUGGCUGCAUGGCGUGCUGGUGGCCGGCACGUUCCGCUCGGACUGCCUCAUGCAGCUGCUCUCGGAACCGCAGUGUCCCCAGGCCCUCCAGCUGCGACAAUCUGUGCAGCACGGCAUCGCGAAUUGCUACUCCAUUCAGGCUGGCACCAUGGCAAACACCGGCCAUGCAGGAUGGAGUACGUGCCAUGUGGACACAUUAUCGCCUUGGCGGCAGGCUGCCAACCGCCAAACCUCUGCCAUCUGGAGAGCGUGGUACCACUUUACCAAGUUCCGGAAGGCACAUCGGGAGUUUCGCGGGGCUGGCCGGUUGGCCAAACAUGCCUGGUACUCUGACAGGCUCCAUGAACUAGGCACACAUGCCAGACGUCACAACAUCCGCGCACUCUACCAGGGAGUCCAGCGACUUGCGCCCAAGAAGCGGUUUGCUCAGGUACAGCUGCGUGCCCCAGACGGUGGCCUGAUCUCCCCGGAAAGGCAGGCCCAGUUGCUGUCAGCCCACCUUCGAAACAGCUACACAGGCCGUUUCUGCCAGCCCGACCGAUCAGCUGCCAUGCCCAGUCUUGCGAUGGAUGCCACUAUGCUUUCCAGUGCCCUGGCCAGCCUCUCAGUCCACAAAGCCGUGCCAGAACACCUUGCCCCGAUAGCGGCUUGGCGCCUCUGCUCAGAUGAGAUUAUGCCCGAACUGGCAGAGCUUGUCAACAACCUCACCGCCGCCGACGAGCUGUGGCACGCGGCCGAAUCGUCUCGAAGAUUCUUCAGAACAGGCUUCGGCCAUAUGUCCUUGAGCCUGCAGCUGUCACCCGACCUAAGCUCAGCCUUCGACCACAUGGAGUGGGCACACAUCGCCGUUGCCCUUGAAGAUGCAUCUGUCCCCUCUGAGCUCCAAGCUCAGGUGUUAGAAUGGUACCGCGAUAUCAAAUAUGUCCUCACAAUACAAGGCCAGACCGUAGACAUAUCCGCGAGCAGAGGCUUGAAACAAGGUUGCCUUAUAGCGCCGCUCAUAUGGUCACUUGUGACUGGCCGCUUCCUUUAUGAGCUUGCACUCUGCUCAGACCCGCUCUGGGUCACUGCAGACGUCACGACCUAUGCCGACGACUUUCACGCAGGCAGCCAGGUUCAGUCUUACGCCGAGCUCUGUCGCCUUGAAAUACGCUUAGGUCAACUUCUUGACGUCCUCUGCACGGCCGGCCUCACGGUCAAUGCCCAGAAGUCCGCGGUUCUUUUUCUCUUCCGAGGUACCUUUGCAUCUAAAUGGCUUAAGCAGCACGUGAAAAACACCCCUGACGGCCAGGUUUUGCGCUUGCGUACACCCAAGGGUAUGCUAUUCGAGUUCCCGGUGGCUGAGGUUCACACUUACUUAGGAGUACGCAUCAGCUACAAAAAUCCCAGACUAGCUACCCUGCAACACCGUGUCCAGCUUGUCCAGGCUGAAUGGUCCAGACUUCGGAAGGUGGUGUGCUCCAAACGAGGCCUUUUUCUCAAGGGUCGCAUCAAUAUCUGUACAUCCGGCAACUUCGUGCCAUUCUCAGAUCCCCGGCACACCUGA